AUGGUUAGAGUUGGUGUUGUGAUAAGUGAUGUUUACAACUUGAACUAUAAGAACAUUUCAAAACUUGCCGCUACAUGUCUUGCAACCCAUAUAGAUGAAUUUAAACAAGGAAACGAUGGUCAAUUUGACAUAAUACUUCGUGAUAAGAUUCAAAGCUCUCAUCAUUUAGAUGAUAUUUUGGGUACACUGUACAAUUCAGUAAGAGAAUACCUAAUCGGUGAAAGGUUAGAUCUUUUACCAAUUAAUAUAUUUUUAGGGAACUUUAACAGAGGACUAAUACACUGGGAUUUUCUAUAUGUCAUGGAUGGUGAUUUAAUACGAGAUGAAGAUGGUUUCGAAUAUGAUACAUUAGAAAUAAUCUCUAACACAAAGGAAUGGAUCGAAAUAAGGACACCAGAUGAAUUGAAUGCAAUUGAAAAUUUUGAAAAGGAUCAUAAUCGCCAUAAGGUUUCUGCUUUAGGUGGUACAUUUGAUCAUCUCCAUGAUGGUCACAAGAUUUUAUUAACUGUGGCUGCCUUUUUAACAUCUGAGAGACUUAUUAUUGGUCUUACCAUUGAAGAAUUACUUGUCAACAAAAAAUACAAGGAUUUUGUUCAAGAUUUCGAUACUAGAAGAGAAAAUGUUGUAAGUUUCUUGAAUACUUUCAAACCAAGUCUUAAGAUAGAAAUUAUACCUUUGAAAGAUGUAUGUGGACCAACAGGAACAGUGCCUGAGAUAGAAUGUUUAGUGGUGAGCAGGGAAACUGUAAAAGGUGGUGAAAUUGUCAAUAAGACAAGAAAAGAAAGAGGUAUGUCCCAAUUGGAUUUAUAUAUUGUCAAUGUCCUGGGUGGUAAGGAGGAAGAUGGCUGGAAGGAGAAAAUGAGCAGUACAGACAUUAGAAAAUUAGUUAGUUCGAGAAAAGAUUAUUCUGCAGAGGUAUAG